ACCGCUCCUCACUGGCGUGAGCCGGUCGAGCGGCUGCCCGCCGGGGGCUCUGAUCGGCGCGGCGGGGCCGGGAGUCAGGGACCCGCCGAGGAGAGCGGCGGCCCCGGACGGCUGCCGGAGGGGCGGCCGCGCGUGGAUGCGGCGGGAGCCGGAAGCCUCGAGCAGCCGGCGCCGUCUCUGCCCCCGGGCGCCCUAUGGCUUGAAGAGCCUUGCCACCCAGUGGCUCCGCUGCCCCGAUGGAUCCAUUGAAUCUGUCCUGGUACGAUGACGAUCUGGAGAGGCAGAACUGGAGCCGGCCCUUCAAUGGGUCAGAAGGAAAGGCGGACAGGCCCCACUACAACUACUAUGCUAUGCUGCUCACCCUACUCAUCUUCAUCAUCAUCUUUGGGAACGUGCUAGUAUGCAUGGCUGUGUCUCGAGAGAAGGCUCUGCAGACCACUACCAACUACCUGAUCGUCAGUCUCGCUGUGGCCGACCUCCUGGUAGCCACACUGGUCAUGCCCUGGGUCGUCUACCUGGAGGUGGUGGGUGAGUGGAAAUUCAGCAGAAUUCACUGUGACAUCUUCGUCACUCUGGAUGUCAUGAUGUGCACAGCAAGCAUCCUGAACCUGUGUGCCAUCAGCAUUGACAGGUACACAGCUGUGGCCAUGCCCAUGCUGUACAACACGCGUUACAGCUCCAAGCGUCGAGUCACUGUCAUGAUCGCCAUCGUCUGGGUCCUGUCCUUCACCAUCUCCUGCCCACUGCUCUUUGGACUCAACAAUACAGAUCAGAAUGAGUGCAUCAUUGCCAACCCUGCCUUCGUGGUCUACUCUUCCAUUGUCUCCUUCUAUGUGCCCUUCAUUGUCACCCUGCUGGUCUACAUCAAGAUCUACAUUGUCCUCCGAAAGCGCCGCAAGAGGGUCAACACCAAACGCAGCAGCCGAGCUUUCAGAGCCAACCUGAAGACCCCUCUCAAGGGCAAUUGUACUCACCCCGAGGACAUGAAACUCUGCACCGUUAUCAUGAAGUCUAAUGGGAGUUUCCCAGUGAACAGGCGGAGAAUGGAGGCUGCCCGCCGAGCCCAGGAGCUGGAGAUGGAGAUGCUCUCCAGCACCAGUCCACCAGAGAGGACCCGGUACAGCCCCAUCCCCCCCAGCCACCACCAGCUGACUCUCCCCGACCCGUCCCACCAUGGCCUCCAUAGCACUCCCGACAGCCCCGCCAAACCAGAGAAGAACGGGCAUGCCAAAGACCACCCCAAGAUUGCCAAGAUCUUUGAGAUCCAGACCAUGCCCAAUGGCAAAACCCGGACCUCUCUCAAGACCAUGAGCCGUAGGAAGCUCUCGCAGCAGAAGGAGAAGAAAGCCACUCAGAUGCUCGCCAUUGUUCUCGGCGUGUUCAUCAUCUGCUGGCUGCCUUUCUUCAUCACACACAUCCUGAACAUACACUGUGACUGCAACAUCCCGCCGGUCCUAUACAGCGCCUUCACGUGGCUGGGCUACGUCAACAGUGCUGUGAACCCCAUCAUCUACACGACCUUCAACGUCGAGUUCCGAAAGGCCUUCAUGAAGAUCCUGCACUGCUGAUUCUGCCACCUGCCUGCACAGCAGCUGCUUCCCACCUCCCUGCAAGCCAUGGGCAGAAGGGCCUGGGUGGAUUCGGCUUUCUCUUCACCCCAAGGCCCUGCAGUGUUAGCUUGGCUCCGGGCCCUUCUCUGCCCACACACCCUCGUUCUGCCAGGGUGGGACUAGGGAGCCAGGCAUGGUACCAGCCCUAGGGCUGGACACAUGGCUCAGGACAGCUCACAGACUCCCUCUUCCACCUCCAGGCCCCAUCUCCUUGGCACCAAAGAUGCAGCUGCCUUCCUUGACCUUUCUCUGGGGCACUGGGAUCUCGGGUUACUGGGGCCAGAAUCAAGUUCAAGGGAUGGAACGCUCCAUCCUUGUUGGUUGGGCUUGACUGGUCCUCACUGGUCUGUACUGGAGUAGACAGUGGGAAGGAGUGACACCUCAUACCCCACAAAGCUCACACAGGGACAGCAAGGUCUCUCACCAAGGCUCCCGGCAACUUCAGUCCUAGGAGAUUCGUGUAAAUACCAGACAGCACGAAGGACCCCCAGAGAAGUCCAAGCCAAAAAUCUCAGUUCCCACC